CUGGGCGCCGGCCGGCCCGUGCCUCCGCCGCUCCCCAGCCGCGGGGAGGACAUGGCCGCGCACAGGCCGGUGGAAUGGGUCCAGGCCGUGGUCAGCCGCUUCGACGAGCAGAAAUUGAGAGGAGGAGGGUAUGUAAGGAGAGAGAAAGAGAGACACCUGAAGACCUGCUUUACCACUUGUGAAAUGCUUCCAAUCAAAACAGGACAACAGAACACACAUACCAAAGUCAGUACUGAACACAACAAGGAAUGUCUUAUCAAUAUUUCCAAAUACAAGUUUUCUUUGGUUAUAAGUGGUCUCACCACUAUCUUAAAAAAUGUCAAUAAUAUGAGAAUAUUUGGAGAAGCUGCAGAAAAAAAUUUAUAUCUCUCUCAGUUGAUUAUAUUGGAUACACUGGAAAAAUGUCUUGCUGGGCAACCUAAGGACACAAUGAGAUUAGAUGAAACAAUGCUAGUCAAACAGUUGCUGCCUGAAAUCUGCCACUUUCUUCACACCUGUCGUGAAGGAAACCAACAUGCAGCCGAACUUCGGAAUUCUGCCUCUGGGGUUUUAUUUUCUCUCAGCUGCAACAACUUCAAUGCAGUCUUUAGUCGUAUUUCUACCAGGUUACAGGAAUUGACUGUUUGUUCAGAAGACAAUGUUGAUGUUCAUGAUAUAGAAUUAUUGCAGUAUAUCAAUGUGGAUUGUGCAAAAUUAAAACGACUCCUAAAGGAAACAGCAUUUAAAUUUAAAGCCCUAAAGAAGAUUGCACAGUUAGCAGUUAUAAAUAGCCUGGAAAAGGCAUUUUGGAACUGGGUAGAAAACUAUCCAGAUGAAUUUACAAAGCUAUACCAGAUUCCACAGACUGAUAUGGCUGAGUGUGCAGAAAAACUCUUUGACUUAGUGGAUGGUUUUGCUGAAAGCACCAAACGUAAAGCAGCUGUUUGGCCACUACAGAUCAUUCUUCUUAUAUUGUGUCCAGAAAUUAUCCAGGAUAUAUCCAAAGAUGUGGUUGAUGAGAACAAUAUGAACAAGAAGUUGUUUCUGGACAGUCUACGAAAAGCACUUGCUGGCCAUGGAGGAAGUAGGCAGCUGACGGAAAGUGCUGCAAUUGCUUGUGUCAAACUGUGCAAAGCAAGUACUUAUAUCAAUUGGGAAGAUAACUCUGUAAUUUUCCUGCUAGUUCAGUCCAUGGUGGUUGAUCUUAAGAACUUGCUUUUUAAUCCAAGUAAACCAUUUUCAAGAGGCAGUCAGCCUGCAGAUGUGGAUCUGAUGAUUGAUUGUCUGGUUUCUUGCUUUCGUAUAAGUCCUCACAAUAACCAACACUUUAAGAUUUGCCUGGCUCAGAAUUCCCCUUCUACCUUUCAUUAUGUGCUGGUAAAUUCACUCCAUCGAAUCAUCACCAAUUCUGCAUUGGAUUGGUGGCCUAAGAUUGAUGCUGUGUAUUGCCACUCAGUUGAGCUUCGAAAUAUGUUUGGUGAAACACUUCAUAAAGCAGUGCAAGGUUGUGGAGCACACCCAGCAAUACGAAUGACACCGAGUCUUACAUUCAAAGAAAAAGUAACAAACCUUAAAUUUAAAGAAAAACCUACUGACCUGGAGACAAGAAGCUAUAAAUAUCUUCUUUUGUCCAUGGUGAAACUAAUUCAUGCAGAUCCCAAACUCUUGCUUUGUAACCCAAGAAAACAGGGGCCUGAAACCCAAGGCAGUACAGCGGAAUUAAUUACAGGUCUCAUUCAACUAGUUCCUCAGUCUCACAUGCCAGAGAUUGCUCAGGAAGCAAUGGAGGCUCUGCUGGUUCUUCAUCAGUUAGAUAGCAUUGAUUUGUGGAACCCUGAUGCUCCUGUAGAAACAUUUUGGGAGAUUAGCUCACAAAUGCUUUUUUACAUCUGCAAGAAAUUAACUAGUCACCAAAUGCUUAGUAGCACAGAAAUUCUCAAAUGGUUACGGGAAAUUUUGAUCUGCAGGAAUAAAUUUCUUCUUAAAAACAAGCAGGCAGAUAGAAGUUCCUGUCACUUUCUCUUCGUUUAUGGGGUAGGCUGUGAAGUUCCUUCAAGUGGAAAUACCAGUCAAAUGUCUAUGGAUCAUGAAGAGUUACUACGUACUUGUACUCCAGGGCCUUCUCUCCGUAAGUCAAAAGGAAACUCAUCCAUGGAUAGUACAGCCGGAUGCAGUGGAACCCCACCAAUAUGCCGACAAGCCCAGACCAAGCUGGAAGUAGCCUUGUACAUGUUUCUGUGGAGCCCUGACACUGAAGCUGUUUUGGUUGCUAUGUCUUGUUUCCGUCACCUCUGUGAGGAAGCAGACAUCCGAUGUGGGGUGGAUGAAGUGUCAGUUCACAACUUUUUGCCCAACUAUAAUACUUUCAUGGAAUUUGCCUCUGUCAGCAAUAUGAUGUCAACAGGAAGAACAGCACUUCAGAAAAGAGUGAUGGCUCUACUAAGACGUAUUGAACAUCCUACUGCAGGAAACACUGAGGCUUGGGAAGAUACGCAUGCAAAAUGGGAACAAGCUACAAAAUUAAUUCUCAACUAUCCAAAAGCCAAACUGGAAGAUGGCCAGGCUGCUGAAAGUCUCCAUAAGACCAUUGUUAAGAGGCGAAUGUCUCAUGUGAGUGGAGGAGGAUCCAUAGAUUUGUCUGACACGGACUCCCUACAGGAAUGGAUCAACAUGACUGGCUUUCUUUGUGCCCUUGGGGGAGUAUGCCUACAGCAAAGAAGCAAUUCUGGCCUAGCAACGUAUAGCCCACCCAUGGGUCCAAUCAGUGAACGAAAGGGUUCCAUGAUUUCAGUGAUGUCCUCAGAUGGAAAUGCAGAUACACCUGUCAGCAAAUUUAUGGAUCGGCUGCUGUCUUUAAUGGUGUGUAACCAUGAGAAAGUGGGACUUCAGAUACGGACCAAUGUUAAGGACCUAGUGGGUCUAGAAUUGAGUCCUGCUCUUUAUCCAAUGCUGUUUAACAAAUUGAAGAACACCAUCAGCAAGUUUUUUGACUCUCAAGGCCAGGUUUUAUUGACUGACACUAACACUCAAUUUGUAGAGCAAACCAUAGCUAUAAUGAAGAACUUACUAGAUAAUCAUACUGAAGGCAGCUCUGAACAUUUGGGGCAAGCUAGCAUUGAAACAAUGAUGUUAAAUCUCGUCAGAUAUGUUCGUGUGCUUGGGAAUAUGGUCCAUGCAAUUCAAAUAAAAACGAAACUCUGUCAAUUAGUUGAGGUAAUGAUGGCCAGAAGGGAUGACCUUUCGUUUUGUCAAGAGAUGAAAUUUAGAAAUAAGAUGGUAGAAUACCUGACAGACUGGGUUAUGGGAACAUCAAACCAAGCAGCAGAUGAUGAUGUAAAAUGUCUUACAAGAGAUCUUGACCAGGCAAGCAUGGAAGCAGUAGUUUCACUUCUGGCUGGUCUUCCACUGCAGCCUGAAGAAGGAGAUGGUGUGGAACUGAUGGAAGCCAAAUCACAGUUAUUUCUUAAGUAUUUCACAUUGUUUAUGAAUCUCCUGAAUGACUGCAGUGAAGUUGAAGAUGACAGUGCACAAACUGGUGGCAGAAAACGUGGCAUGUCUCGGAGACUGGCAUCACUGAGGCAUUGUACAGUUCUAGCAAUGUCAAAUUUGCUCAAUGCUAAUGUGGACAGCGGCCUCAUGCACUCCAUAGGUUUAGGUUAUCACAAAGAUCUCCAGACAAGAGCUACAUUUAUGGAAGUCCUCACAAAAAUACUCCAACAAGGCACAGAAUUUGAUACACUUGCAGAAACGGUAUUGGCAGAUCGGUUUGAGAGACUAGUGGAGUUGGUCACAAUGAUGGGUGAUCAGGGAGAACUCCCUAUAGCUAUGGCUCUGGCCAAUGUGGUCCCUUGUUCCCAAUGGGAUGAACUAGCUCGAGUUCUAGUGACUCUAUUUGAUUCUCGGCAUUUACUGUACCAGUUGCUCUGGAACAUGUUUUCUAAGGAAGUAGAGUUGACAGACUCCAUGCAGACUCUUUUUCGAGGCAACAGUUUAGCCAGUAAAAUAAUGACUUUCUGUUUCAAGGUAUAUGGUGCUACCUACCUACAAAAGCUUCUGGAUCCAUUGUUACGUAUUGUGAUCACAUCUUCUGAUUGGCAACAUGUUAGCUUUGAAGUAGAUCCUACCAGAUUAGAACACUCAGAAAGCCUUGAGGAAAACCAGAGGAACCUCCUUCAGAUGACUGAGAAGUUUUUCCAUGCCAUUAUCAGUUCCUCCUCAGAAUUCCCUCCUCAGCUUCGAAGUGUGUGUCACUGUUUAUACCAGGCAACUUGCCACUCCCUACUGAAUAAAGCUACAGUAAAAGAAAAAAAGGAAAACAAAAAAUCAGUGGUUAGUCAACGUUUCCCUCAGAACAGCAUCGGUGCAGUAGGAAGUGCCAUGUUCCUAAGAUUUAUCAACCCUGCAAUUGUCUCACCAUAUGAAGCAGGGAUUUUAGAUAAAAAGCCACCACCUAGAAUUGAAAGGGGAUUGAAGUUAAUGUCAAAGAUACUUCAGAGUAUUGCCAAUCAUGUUCUCUUCACAAAGGAAGAACAUAUGCGGCCUUUCAAUGAUUUUGUGAAAAGCAAUUUUGAUGCAGCGCGAAGGUUUUUCCUUGAUAUAGCAUCUGACUGCCCUACAAGUGAUGCAGUAAAUCAUAGUCUUUCCUUCAUCAGUGAUGGCAAUGUGCUUGCAUUACACCGUCUACUCUGGAACAAUCAGGAGAAAAUUGGCCAGUAUCUUUCCAGUAACAGAGACCAUAAAGCAGUAGGAAGACGACCUUUUGAUAAGAUGGCAACACUGCUUGCAUACCUGGGUCCUCCAGAACACAAGCCUGUGGCUGAUACACACUGGUCCAGCCUUAACCUCACUAGCUCAAAAUUUGAGGAGUUCAUGACCAGACAUCAAGUACAUGAAAAAGAAGAAUUUAAAGCUUUGAAAACAUUAAGUAUUUUCUACCAGGCUGGAACUUCCAAAGCUGGGAAUCCAAUUUUUUACUAUGUUGCACGUAGGUUCAAAACUGGUCAAAUCAAUGGUGAUUUGCUGAUAUACCAUGUCUUACUGACAUUAAAGCCAUAUUAUGCAAAGCCAUAUGAAAUUGUUGUGGACCUUACCCAUACCGGUCCUAGCAAUCGCUUCAAAACGGACUUUCUCUCGAAGUGGUUUGUUGUUUUUCCUGGCUUUGCUUAUGACAAUGUCUCUGCAGUCUACAUCUAUAACUGUAACUCCUGGGUCAGGGAAUACACCAAAUAUCACGAGCGACUACUAACUGGCCUGAAAGGCAGCAAAAGGCUGAUUUUCAUCGACUGUCCUGGGAAACUGGCUGAGCAUAUAGAACAUGAACAACAGAAACUACCUGCUGCCACCUUGGCUUUAGAAGAGGACCUAAAAGUAUUCCACAAUGCUCUCAAGCUAGCUCACAAAGAUACCAAAGUUUCUAUUAAAGUUGGUUCUACUGCUGUUCAAGUAACCUCAGCAGAGAGAACAAAAGUCCUAGGGCAGUCAGUCUUUCUAAAUGAUAUCUACUAUGCUUCAGAAAUUGAAGAGAUUUGCCUAGUGGAUGAGAACCAGUUCACCUUAACCAUUGCAAACCAAGGUACACCACUCACCUUCAUGCACCAGGAGUGUGAUGCCAUUGUCCAGUCUAUCAUUCACAUCCGGACACGCUGGGAGCUGUCACAGCCUGACUCCAUUCCCCAACACACCAAGAUUCGGCCGAAAGAUGUUCCUGGGACACUGCUCAAUAUUGCAUUGCUUAAUUUGGGCAGUUCAGACCCUAGUUUGCGGUCUGCUGCUUAUAAUCUUCUGUGUGCCUUAACUUGUACCUUUAAUUUAAAAAUUGAGGGUCAGUUACUGGAGACAUCAGGUUUAUGUAUCCCUGCCAACAACACCCUUUUUAUUGUCUCUAUUAGUAAGACACUGGCAGCCAAUGAGCCACACCUAACCUUAGAAUUUUUGGAAGAGUGCAUUUCUGGAUUUAGCAAAUCAAGUAUUGAGUUGAAGCACCUUUGUUUGGAAUACAUGACUCCAUGGCUAUCAAAUCUAGUCCGCUUUUGUAAGCACAAUGAUGAUGCCAAACGACAAAGAGUUACUGCUAUUCUUGAUAAGCUGAUAACAAUGACCAUAAAUGAGAAACAAAUGUACCCAUCUAUUCAAGCAAAAAUAUGGGGAAGCCUUGGGCAGAUUACAGAUCUUCUUGAUGUUGUGUUGGACAGUUUCAUCAAGACAAGUGCAACAGGUGGCCUGGGAUCAAUAAAAGCUGAGGUGAUGGCAGAUACUGCAGUAGCAUUGGCUUCUGGAAAUGUAAAACUGGUUUCAAGCAAGGUUAUUGGAAGAAUGUGCAAAAUUAUUGACAAGACAUGCUUAUCUCCAACUCCUACUUUAGAACAACAUCUGAUGUGGGACGAUAUAGCUAUCCUAGCUCGCUACAUGUUGAUGCUGUCCUUCAACAACUCCCUUGAUGUAGCCGCUCAUCUCCCCUACCUCUUCCAUGUUGUUACUUUCCUAGUAGCCACAGGGCCACUCUCCCUAAGAGCUUCCACACAUGGAUUGGUCAUUAAUAUCAUUCAUUCUCUAUGUACAUGUUCACAGCUUCAUUUUAGUGAAGAAACCAAGCAAGUUUUAAGACUCAGUUUGACAGAGUUUUCAUUACCCAAAUUUUACUUGCUGUUUGGUAUUAGCAAAGUCAAGUCAGCAGCUGUCAUUGCAUUUCGUUCCAGUUACCGGGACAGGUCAUUCUCUCCUGGCUCCUAUGAGAGGGAGACAUUUGCUUUGACAUCCUUAGAAACAGUCACAGAAGCAUUGUUGGAGAUCAUGGAAGCAUGUAUGAGAGAUAUUCCAACAUGCAAAUGGCUAGACCAGUGGACAGAACUAGCUCAAAGGUUUGCAUUCCAGUAUAACCCAUCCCUGCAACCAAGAGCUCUUGUUGUCUUUGGAUGUAUUAGCAAACGAGUGUCUCAUGGGCAGAUAAAGCAGAUUAUUCGCAUUCUUAGCAAGGCCCUUGAGAGUUGCUUAAAAGGACCUGAUACUUACAACAGUCAAGUUCUGAUAGAAGCUACAGUAAUAGCACUAACAAAACUACAACCACUUCUUAAUAAGGAGUCCCCUUUGCACAAAGCCCUCUUUUGGGUAGCUGUGGCUGUGCUGCAGCUUGAUGAGGUGAACUUGUAUUCAGCAGGCACUGCACUUCUUGAACAAAACUUGCACACCUUAGACAGCCUCCGGAUAUUCAAUGACAAGAGUCCAGAAGAAGUAUUCAUGGCAAUCCGAAAUCCUCUAGAAUGGCACUGCAAGCAAAUGGAUCAUUUUGUUGGACUCAAUUUCAACUCUAACUUUAACUUCGCAUUGGUUGGACAUCUCUUAAAAGGAUACAGGCAUCCUUCACCUGCGAUCGUUGCAAGAACAGUCAGGAUUUUGCAUACACUGCUAACACUGGUUAACAAACAUAGAAAUUGUGAUAAAUUUGAGGUGAAUACACAGAGUGUGGCUUACUUAGCAGCUUUACUCACAGUGUCCGAGGAAGUUCGAAGUCGCUGUAGCCUAAAGCACAGAAAGUCCCUUCUUCUAACUGAUAUUUCUAUGGAAAAUGUCCCUAUGGAUACAUACACUUUCCAUCAUGGAGACCCUGGCUAUAGGACACUAAAGGAGAAUCAGCCAUGGUCCUCUCCCAAAGGUUCUGAAGGAUAUCUUGCAGCCACCUAUCCAAAUGUGGGUCAAACCAGUCCCCGGGCCAGGAAAUCCAUGAGUUUGGACAUGGGGCAGCCUUCUCAGGCCAACACUAAGAAGUUGCUUGGAACAAGGAAAAGUUUUGAUCACUUGAUAUCAGAUACAAAGGCUCCUAAAAGGCAAGAAAUGGAAUCAGGAAUUACCACACCUCCCAAAAUGAGGAGAGUAGCAGAAACUGAUUAUGAAAUGGAAACUCAAAGGAUUUCCUCAUCACAACAGCACCCACACUUACGUAAAGUUUCAGUGUCUGAGUCGAAUGUUCUCUUGGAUGAAGAAGUACUUACUGAUCCGAAGAUCCAAGCACUUCUCCUUACUGUUCUUGCUACACUGGUAAAAUACACCACAGAUGAAUUUGAUCAGCGAAUUCUUUAUGAAUACUUAGCAGAAGCCAGUGUUGUUUUCCCAAAAGUUUUUCCUGUUGUGCACAAUCUGUUGGACUCUAAGAUCAACACCCUGUUGUCAUUGUGCCAAGAUCCAAAUUUAUUAAAUCCAAUUCAUGGAAUUGUGCAGAGUGUGGUGUACCAUGAAGAAUCCCCACCACAAUAUCAAACAUCGUAUUUGCAAAGUUUUGGGUUUAAUGGCUUAUGGAGGUUUGCAGGGCCCUUUUCAAAGCAAACACAAAUCCCAGACUAUGCUGAGCUUAUUGUUAAGUUUCUUGAUGCCUUGAUUGACACGUAUUUGCCUGGAAUUGAUGAAGAAACCAGUGAGGAGUCCCUCCUGACACCCACAUCUCCUUAUCCUCCUGCAGUGCAGAGCCAGCUUAGUAUUACUGCUAACCUUAACCUUUCUAAUUCCAUGACCUCACUUGCAACUUCCCAGCAUUCCCCAGGAAUCGACAAGGAAAACGUUGAACUCUCCCCCACCACUGGGCACUGUAACAGUGGAAGAACUCGCCAUGGAUCCGCAAGCCAAGUGCAGAAACAAAGAAGUGCUGGCAGUUUCAAACGUAAUAGCAUUAAGAAGAUCGUGUGAAGCUUUCUUUCUUUCCUUUUUCAAACAGACUUAACUUACAUGGGCUCUUCACUAGUGACCCCUUUACCACCGUGCUGUGAUGCUGCACUUCAUGUUUUAUAAUGAGCCCAUCCAGUCUGCCAUGUUGCCAGAUGAUCAACUCUUGGAAGCAUUGCCUAAGUUUAAUGCUGCUUUUUCGUUAACUUUUUUCCUUUUCCUUUUGACAUGUCUAGUUAAAGAAAGUGGGAGAUCAGAGCACUUGAACUGAGAAUAUCCCAUUUGUGAGAGAGGAGGAAUUCUUGAGUACUGCUACUACUGGCCAGCUAUGAAAACCAUUUGCACAGAGCUCUGCCUUCUAUGUUUCCCCCUUCUUCAUCAUACAAAGUAAAGUGUUAGUCUUAUUUACUUACUACAUUUCAAGAUAGAGGUUUAUGGGUGAAAUAAUAUUAUAACCCCAGUAUGUUUAAUCUGACUUUUAGCUGUGGACUUUUUUUUUUACCUUACAAACCUGAAGGAAUGAUAGAGGUCAAGCCUCAGUGACUUCACACCAUAAAGCCACAGGUGAGGUACUUGGGGUGGGGGUGGGGGGCACGGAGGGACUUAGUAUUUUAUAAUGGGUUCUUAAAUACUAACACUUGAGUAUUAGCAAUAACUACAGGAAAAUAAGCAUAACCACAUAUAUCUUAACAUUACCAAAUUAAAGCUAUGGUUUUUGAGGCCUUAUCCAAAUUCAAUCAUACAAACUAAUUUCCCCCCUUUUUUCCUCAAAUUGCUUAUCUUUUAAUCUUGAAAUAAGCUGAGUUGUCAUUUGCUGUUCUUAUAAUCCAAAACUAUACUAAGUAUAGUAAUUAUACAUUUUUAUCCUCCUGUUUUUCCUAAAUAAUUCUGAGCAGGGUAAUCAAUGAACAAAAUGUUGAAAACUGUUCCUAGAAGGUAUUUUCAUACAUUUUUGCGUUAGCUCCAAAUGGAAUGGUACGUGACUUUUAGAGUAGCCAAUGUUUUUGUUUUGUUUAAUAAUUUCAAAAAAAAAAAACAGUAUGUUGUAUAAUACUAAAAUUUCUUUGACAAGUUGUAUUUUAAAUGUUUUUUAUCUUCCUUCUCCCCCCCCCCUUAAAAGAAAAUCAAGAAUCUUUUUAGCAAAACAUUUGGGUUCUAUACAAUAGAAUUGCAUGUAAUCACUGUGAAAAAAAAAAAACUGGUCAGCCUGGGUUAGUAACAUUAUGGGGGACCUGAAAAAUUGCUGCUAUACCGAAUAGUAUGGAUUGUGAUGGCAUUGGAAAAUUUCCAUAGUAAUGCAGACUCAGUUUCUUUGUGGUACCUGCAGUGUGCAAAAUUUCAUUUCAUUGAGCAUUUUAUUUGGAGACUCCAGUGUAAUACUAAACCAUAUUUAUUACAAAAAAAAAAAAUUCUUUCCCCCACAUCCUAGGUUCCCUUUAUAUAUUAGGAUGUAACAGCAUUGGGAAGGGGAAAAAAUGAAGGGAGGAAACUCUCCUGUAGUGCUGUUUUCAUGAGUGGAUUUCAGUAAAUUAAAUUCCACAGCUAAAUCGAUAAAUAAUGGUACAUUUAAGUGUUCUGAUUUUAAUAAUAUACAUUUCACGUCUAUCCAUACAGUAACAAUGUAAUAUGUUAAUGUAAAUAAAAUUGCUUUUGAUAUCCAGAAAUAACAAGAAUUUAAUUUUGUUAAUUUGUUUACAGUCCUGGGACAAGAAAUACUUGCCAAAAUAAAAGGGAAAAUAUUAGUAUUGAUAGUUAUUUUAACAUAGAACUAUUGGAAAAUAUUGAAGGACCGAUGCAAUUCACUACACUUCUGCUUAUGACUAUUAUAGAGGCUGCACUAGAACAGAAUGUUGGAUGGCGAGAUAACUGAGACUAUACAGAAACUAAGAUUCAUAAAAUAAGUUUAGAAAUUUGGGGCUUUCAAAAGUCUUGACACCUUUUUGCAAAGGAAAAACACUUCAUGUCAUGACUUUUCCAACAACCACUAGAUCAUUAACAACCCAGUGCCAGGGAUGCCAAACUGCCAUGGAUAUCUUCAUUCUCCCACAGCCCUGUGCUCCAGGGAUAACUAUUACAACUUCUUGGCUCCUGGAAUAAAAGGCAGAUGUGAGCCUUUAUUUAUUCAUUUGGUCCCAUGUUUUUCCUCUUUGGAUGGUUUAGUGGACAUGACUAUGGUUGUCCUUCUGCUGUUUUGCUUUACCCAUCAAAAUAGGAAACUUCCAAAGGUUUACUGUUAAAAAAUACUGAUCUGUAGAUGAAAAAAGUUUUCCAAGAUAUGGUGUUUCUUAAAUGUGUUCAUUUCAUACAGUGAAAUGAAUGGAAAGGAUUCACUCAUAGUAACUUAAGUUAUGAUCAACAUUUAGCAAAUCAGAAUUGAGCCUUCUUUGAACUGGGAAAAGUACUUUUUGUCCCUAGAAAUUUGAAAAUUCACUAGGUUUAAAAUUUACCUUGUUUAAGGGACUUGUGAGGAAAAUCUAACUUUCCAAGGAGCUAACAUUCAACAUAAGGUGAAUAUAAGUAUCUCACCAGUAUGCUUUCCCUGAGAAAUUAAACAUAUUUAGGCUGCAUACUUAUAAUCUAUGCAAGAAAUUUGGAAGUUCAGAGCAAGUUGGCUAUUUUUGCAUAAUUUGAUGUAAGUUCUAUAAGAACAUUUUAACUCAUUUAGGGGAGGGAUGGUGAAUGUUCCCCCUGACUAAAGAGAAAAAAAUAAAAUAAAGCAACAUCCCUUUUUUGUUGGUUGUCAUCUACUCAUUACUGCCAUCUCAGGGAUGUGCCCCUGCUUGACAUCACUGAAACAUAGUUCACUAAUUUCCUCUGGGGGAAAGUGGUUAGCGCUCUGUCUUUCAUCCACUAGAUGCCUGUUAAUUACUGAAUGUCAUCAGUGAGGAGACUACAGCCCUCAGCUUCCAUCCCUGUGGAGUGUAAGAAGGGGAGGAGGGGCAGAACAAAAGCCAGAAAUUCUCUCUACUUUGUGAAGUUUAGGGUUUUCCAAUUUUGGUUUCGCUUUUUGGGUUUUGAGUUUUGUUUUUUUUUCACAUCCCUAUCCCCACCCCCAGGAAUAAUGAGGCAUGUCUUAUUCAAUGUUAUGCAAUGGACUUAUACAAAAAUUCACUCCUAGUGUCAGCCACACAAUUUUUUAAUGCAGUAUAUUCACUUGUAAAUAGUUUGUGUAAAAUUUGACAGAAAAGUAUAUUUACUACACUGUAAAUACAUGUGAUGAUAUAUUGUAUUAUUUUGCUUUUUUGUAAAGCAGUUAGUUGCUGUACAUGGAUAACAAAAAUUUGAUUAUUCUUGUGUGCGUAUUGUUAACUUCUUCCUUCCUGCAACUGCGAUACAACAUUUAAAGAAAAUGCUGUGUAUUGUAAACUUACAUUGUAUAUGAUAACGUUCUCUCCUUUCCAUCUGGGCCUGAAUUUUAGCAGUUCUCUUGUCUACAACUUUGUUAAUAUUGUAAGCAGUUAUAUGCCAGCAGGAAAAAUACUACCCAACAGAUAAAAUUGAUCAUUGUAAGGAAAAUUGUAGAAAUCCAUUUCAGACCAUUGUUUCCCACCCCAUUAUUCAUCCCUAUGUAUGUAACCCCCCCUUUUUUUAAAGUAAAAUGUAAAUUCAAUCUGCUCUUAA